GGAGUCAGUAGCACAGCACAGCUCUCAGGAGCACAGCAAGUGGUGGUGGACCUAUCUACCCCCGAUGGAGGUGGGGGAGUAGGCAAUUGUCUGUUUCCUACCUGAGGGUUUGGGAGGGGGCUCUGUUUCACCCUGUGCUCUGGAGAAGAUCAAGGUUUAGAGAGGGGCCUGAGGGGCCAGGGAUCCCCAGCAGUGGCAUGGGGUUUACAGAGCUCCUAUCAGCUUCAGCUGGCCCUACUGCCUGUCCUCAGAGAAUUCAGUGACCACUGUCCCAGCCUGGGGACUCUGUGGUCUUGGACCUCCCUCUGCCUGAGCCUCUCCCAGCUCCUGUCUGGGGCCACGUGUUCUGUCCAGUCUAUAAUUACCCAGGCACAUUCCUAGAGGGUCACAGAAGUUCUGCAGAGCAGCAGCAGCAGACGGUAAGGGGGACAUAUGCACAGCACAGCAUAACAGGCCACAUUCUGUGCAGGGGCAUGGGAUACAGCAAGCGCUUCAUGGGGCUGCAGUGCAUGGCCUGAGCGAGGACAAGCAACACCGUAGGGGCAAGGGGUGGCAGUAAUAUGAUGAUAGUCAGCACAUUUCUACAGUAUGCAGUGCAGGGGAGCAUGACAUGUAACAUUGCAGACAACUAACAGGGUAACGCAUCACAAUGUGUGACAGGCAGUGUGACACAUGACACGCAGUGCACAGCAGGCACUGCCACACACCAAGCAGGUGUGUCAGGCGCUUCACUGGGGGUCAGCGGCUUGGUUGCGUGUUGGACCAUCAGUAGUUUCAGCUAUGGGGCAAUGGCUGAGGAAGGGCGUAGUUGGGUGUACUAUAGGACUGAAGGUCUGAGUGGUGACAGUGGCCUGAGCUAUGUGGGGCAGCAGCACUGGCUGUGGGUCAGUAGCUUCAUGCUAAGGGUUCAGAGAUGAGGCAGGUGAGAUCAGGCUCAGCUAUGGGGUAGUGAAAGUGGCUGUUGUUCUCACAUACAGAGCUGCAGUUUUGCCAAGAAGCGUCACAUUCAGUAAUGGAACAGUAGCAGAGCAUGGUGGCCCUGGCAGUGGGGUGGAGGCUUUGGUGGUGGAUCCAGUGGCUUUGCCAUGUGGCAGUGCCAGUAGCAAGACCCAUGUCCCCAGCCUGUACUCCUACCAUGGGCCGGAGGCUCCAGCUGUGGAGACAGCUUCCUGACACUGUGCUCCGUGUGUUUCCACAGGCAAGAUGUGGGUUGCAGAAGGGCCGGCCCCAGACCAGUGGAACCUGCGGGAUGGGGCUCAUGCUGGACACUUCCUGGCUGUGGCUGACCAUCUCCGCACCACAGGACAGCUGGUGGAUGUGGCCGUGGGCCCAGAGGGUGACAUGGCCCAUGCUGUGGUCCUGGCCUCCAUCAGCUCCUUCUUCCACCGUUUCCUGGAGGGCAGGACCAGACAACUCUGCCAAGAUCCUCUCCCCCAUGUCCCCCUGCCACCUGGGGCCACACUGUGGGGCUGGCGGGCUGUGCUCACCUUUGCCUAUGGGGGAAUUGUGCCCCAUGGCCAGGUGAAAGAGGUGGAGGAGGCUGCCCAGGCCCUGGGUGCCCCCCGGUUGGUGGCUGCCUGUGCCCUGCGUCUGGAGAUUGACCAUCAGGAAGAAGGUCCUAAGCCCCUGGAGGAGCAGUGGGAGACACUAAGAGCCAUGGAGCAGCUCCAUGCCAAUGGUGUGGGCUGUGACCUCCAGCUCCAGGCAGGGAACGAGGUCAUCCCAGUUCAGCGACUGGCCUUGAGCUGCUCCUGUGACUUCUUCCGGGCCCUUUUCACCUGCCCCAUGCGAGAAGCCACCCAUGACCCUGUCGACCCACUGGUCACGGGGCUGUCCCCAGCCGAGCUACGUCUCCUCCUCUCCUUUGCCUACACAGGAGCUGUAGCAGGGCCAUGGCCCAUGGUCUUGGAGGCAGCUGAGACCUCCCUGCGCUACCAGGCCUGGGGGCUCCUCAGUCUCUGCCUGGAUGUUUUCACCCAUGGCCUGACCCCGGAAACUGUCCCUGAUGUGCUGGCCUUUGCUGUGGCCUAUGGGUUGGAUGAGGUGGUCCAUGUAGCAGAGAACUACAUCUUGGCCACCUUUCCCUGUGUGGUGGUUACACCAGCCUUCCUGGAUCUUCCUGCACACCUUCUCAUCCGCCUCCUCCGCUCUGAUGGUCUCAACGUCCUCCAUGAACUGGAAGCCUUGGAAGCAGCAUCUCGGUGGCUUAUGGCCAAUGGAGAUGGCCAGGAGGAUCUAGCCAAAGAGAUCCUGUCAUCUGUUCGCUUUGCCCUCAUGUCCACCCUGGAGCUGAAGAAGGUCCCAUCUGUGACUGCAGGGGUAGCUGACCCAAAGGUCCUUCGUGAGCUCAUGGUAGCAAGUUUCACCCCCAUGGCCCAGCUGCCGUGCCGGGUACGUUCCUUGCAAGAGGUAUUGGUGGUUUGUGGCGGAGACAAAGUAAAGGGCAACCUGACUGCUCGGAAGCCCAGCAGGCGCCUCUGGUUUGCAGACCGCUACCUCAGUGCUGUGGGGCUGGUGAAGCAGGUUGAGUGGCGGGCACUGGGACACUUUCCUGAUGGCCCACGCUUCCGUCAUGCUGUAACUGUGGUGGGCAACAACCUCUACGUCCUGGGUGGAAAGCACUACUACGGGGCCCAUGACACCUUAGCCAGUGUCUACAGGUACCAGCCAAUGGAUGAUUCCUGGGAGCGUCUGGCCAGUAUGACAUGUGGACGGAGCUACUUUGCUGCUGUGGCACUUGGUAAUUUCAUCUAUGCCCUGGGGGGCAGCUCAGGGGAGCUCUACUGCACAGAUACUGUGGAGUGCUAUGACCUGGCCAAUGACACCUGGAGGAGGUGCCAGCCCCUGCCAAUGGCUCUGUGUGGGCAUGCGGCGUGUGCCCUGGAUGGUGAGCUCUACGUGUCGGGUGGGUGUGAUGAAGCAUACCAGUGUCAGGCAUCCUUGCUCCGCUAUGUCCCAGGUGCACCUGUCACAUUCCUGGCCCCCAUGAAUGGCCACCGAGCUGGCCAUGUCAUGGAGGAGGCAGGUGGGCAGCUCUAUGUGGCCGGAGGCCUGUGUCAGCGGGCUGGGCAGACUGGCUACAGGGACCAGCUGACCUUUGAGGUCUAUAGCCCCAAGCAGAACAUCUGGGUCCUCCUUAGCCCUCUCCCCCGUGCCCAUGUAGUUGGGGGUGCAGCUGUGCUGGGAGGGGAGCUGCUUGUACUGGGAGGGUACAGUCAUGAGACCUACCAGGACACACACUUGAUCCACGCCUACCAGCCAGGUACCCGUCGCUGGAUCACCCGAGGCACCUUGCCCCAUGCCUAUACUGACCUACAAGCCUGUGUUCUCACUGUACCCCCUGCCUUGCGUGCCCCCAGCUGCCUUAAGGAUCCCUUGAGAUCAACUGAAACUCUCAAUAAUGCUUAGGAUAUACUCUCUGCACCCCAUGGGCUACGCAGGUAGCAUCCAUGGGUACCUCUAAGGGACAAAAGUGUUCAGAUCCCUCUCCUAGAGUGGGUUCCUGCUGUGGUUUCCAGCAACCCUUCACCCUCAGGAUACAUGACCUAGACUGUUGUGAACCUGUGGAACAUGGAGCCAAAGCUUUCACACAUGUAGCCCUCUGCCUCCAGGAAUACUUAAUCCCCUUGUCUGAGCUUUUCACUGGGAGCUAGGAAUCCCUCAAUUUCCCCCCACACCUGGGUUGAAUAAAAGUGCUUCCUGAACUGUC